AUUCAGUUGUUAUCUUACCUGUUUAAACGUUUUAUGAAAACCAACCGUAAUCGUAUUUGGUGGAGUUAUGAAGACAGAGUAGACAAGAGAAAGAUUUUCGAUUUGUUGCAGUACCUAGACAACGUCAUGUGACGUCUGCGUCAUCAUGUGACUACUGCGGACGAAACCCAACCUCUUGUCACAUCCGUUAGAAUGCAAAGGUAGCGUUCAGACUAACGUUUGGGCCUGUCGUACCAUGACGGUUCUUUACUUGAAGACGGUCUAAGUUAAUAAGAGAGUAAACACGCCUGUUGGAUGGAGAAAUGCAGUCCUACCAUCGUUCCCCGUUAUAAAGACAUGCAAAUUACCUCAGAGGACAGCAACUAAACGGAUAGAUAAUUAUUAAAAUGUCAGGUGGGAACCUCUUCAGCAAGGUGCGGUCCGCCUUCAGGAGGGAGCAGAGCGACUGGGAUCUGAGCGACACGGCUCCCUUUGACUUCUCCGACGAGCUGGUGGAAGAUGAGACGCCCAAAUUCAACAAGCUGAAGGUCGUGGUUUCUGGAGAGAUGUCGGACUACUCUGCUGGUGCUACGUCCAACGGAGUGGCUGUAAACACGCUGGUGGUAGCUGAUGAUGACGACGAUGACUCUCUACUGGACUCUUCCAGCAUUGGGAGCCCGGGGUUGAACAUGGACCCUUGUGACAACUGUACCAAGAAGAAGGAGCGAAUCAAACACAGGAAGGUGAUGAAGAGGCUGGUCUUUGCUGCUUUGCUGUAUUUUCUGUUCAUGACAGGAGAAAUUAUAGGUGGUUAUGUAUCAAACAGUUUAGCCAUUAUGACUGAUGCUGUGCACAUGCUAGCAGAUGUGGUAGGUAUCUUGUUUUCCCUGCUAGCGCUUUGGCUUUCCACAAAGCCACCUACCAAGAAGUUCACCUUUGGGCUGCAUCGCCUCGAGGUAGUAUCAGCAGUUCUCAGCGUGCUGCUCAUCUACAUCCUGACGGGUAUAUUGCUUUAUGAGGCGGUUCAGAGAACUGUACACCAAGAAUUCGACAUAGAUGGAGAUGUCAUGCUCAUCACGGCGGCUGUUGGAGUGGCUGUUAAUCUUGUAAUGGGUUUUUUGUUAAACCAAGGUGGCCAUCUUCACUCACACGGCCAUGGUCACUCUCACGGCUCUGCAGCUGCCUCAAAUUCGCAUUCAGCCGGAUCACCUCAGCAGAAGCCACAUGGUAGCCUAGCUGUAAGAGCUGCCUUCAUCCAUGCUUUGGGAGAUCUUCUUCAGAGUGUUGGGGUCCUUAUAGCUGCAUAUAUUGUCCGGUUCAAGCCAGAGCUUAAACUGGCAGACCCAAUCUGCACCUACAUCUUCUCUGUUCUGGUUCUCUUCACCACAUUACGCAUCUUACGGGACACAAUAGUCAUCGUGCUGGAGGGUGUUCCAAGACACCUAGACACUCAGCGAAUUAAAGAGGAUCUCAUGAAGCUGGACGAUGUCCAAUCAGUCGAUGAGUUGAACGUCUGGGCGCUGACCGCUGAUAAGACUGCAGCACUAGUGCAUCUCCAGCUCACACCCUCUAGUUCUAAUAACUGGGAGGACGUCCAGGCAAGGGCUCGUCACCUGCUGCUUCACACCUACGGUCUCAGCAGGUGCACAGUUCAGGUGCAGACUCACAGACAGAGGGUGGUGCGCAGCUGUGCACACUGCCAGACGUCCAGUGCCUGAAGAGAAACUCGUGCUUACACUGACUUCAGCAGUUCAUUCCAUGGAAACAGAAAGUACGAUUCACAGAAGCACAUGGCUGCUGCAGCGCAGUGCUAUAGCAGCAAUCAGUCCACAGCCGUAUGUGGAAAAGAGAGGUGCCAAGGGAAAGCCAGUAGUAUAACAGCAGAUGCACAUUUAUAAUUAGGGGAGAAAUUAAGUCUCCUGGGACUUGAUGCACUCAUGCUUCCAAAACUUUUUGAUUAAAGGUUGACUGCUUGUACUCAGAAAGAUGAAAAUACUUGACCUUAAUUCACCAUUAAAGCCUACUCUGAACAUCAUUUCAUUAUAAAUCACUUCAAUUUUUUUUUUGUAUGCAACCGUUUGAUGUUUUGUCAUCAGAUGUAUAUUUCUGAUUUGUUCCUAGGCGUUAGAACUGGAUACUGAGAUUUCAAGUCUUUUACAAUAGAUGUCAGCCAUUGAAAAAGUACCUCAUGAUAACUGGUCACAGUGCAUAUAAGCUGGAGUUGUCACAAGUGGUAGGAAUAAGGCACUAAACCUUUAACAUUGUGUCCCUUUAGGAGACAUAACACCUUAUCAAAUGCACUUAACUCUUCUUAAACCAAAGUCUGUCACCAGGCAGAUAAUUUUUUUUAAAAAGAAAAACAACCAUCUUCUUCUUGCCUAUUGUGGCUGUACUCACCAACACUUAAAAUAACUUGACAUUUCAGACACUGAUUUUCUUUGGAAGUAACAAAGUAAAGCAAGCAGGCAACUGACAAUCAGUGUUACUGUCUGAGAGUAAGGGCAUUGCUUACGCUUCAUAUCAUUUACUGACAGGAUAAACGUGCAAGCAGGUUUGUAUUAUUUGAUGCAUUUUAAAGCUUUAGUGUGUCAUUGGAGGAGUGAGUUGAAAUUUGCCAAUUAAUAGUGUUUAUAGUGUUUUCCAGUGUUGAGUUUGCAAGGAGUUAAUGUGACUGAUAAUAAUCACCAAGGGGAAAUCAAUAACUGAGUUACUGUUUUUGUUUGUAAUAAAUCAUUAAAUGCC